UUCUCGCUCUAAUAUUAGACGAUCGGUGUACUGAAACUAUUUAUGAAUGUAAUCUGGCCUAAUUGUUAACAUGUUCAAAAGAGUUUGGUGACGGAGGGUGAGAGUGUGACCCCAGUUAGACAUAUCGGUGGACCUGGUUACCUGUUGGCCAAGAGGAGUGGAAAAGUGGCGCAUGAUACACGUGGGCUGUAGCUCAGCGUUCUUUGAACCAUUUUGAUAGCUGACUCCCCAAGUUUCGUGCUUUCCAUGCAGAGAGAGAGAGAUUCAUCUGAGAACGUUGCUUCAGAAUCGGUUAUUCAUGAGUUGUAGUACGCCCUGUUAGCAUUUUUAUGAUAACAAAGUGUCCCAACUGUAUAUUUGAAGAGAAGUGGAAACAAUUAGUACAGUUAGUGUGUUUUCUACUCAACGCAAUUCAAAUUAUUGUUCUGAGUAAAAGAAAAAUAGUAAAUAUGUACAGUGUCCGUACAGGGAACCAUUUGAAAUCUAAUGACAUUUGUCUCUGGGUGGUUUUGAUAUUAUCUGUUCAAGGAAUGACGCCAAAUCUGAGUGCAGUAAUUUAUGAAGGACAUGUCCAAGAGUUUAGCUGCGGUCAACUGUAUUACAAACCAUUCUAUUUGGACCAGAAGAGAGAGGUUCUAUACGUCGGAGCUAUGGACCGGAUUUAUCGCCUUAACCUGUACAAUAUCAACCGUACAAGGUGCGAGGCUGAUUCACUGAUAUUAACACCAUCAAGUAUUUCAAAUUGUGUAUCAAAAGGCAAAUCUAAAUACUAUGACUGUAGAAAUCACAUCAGAGUUAUUCAGCCAGUUGGUGAAGGAAACAAGUUGUAUGUUUGUGGAACAAAUGCAUACAACCCCAUGGACUGGAUUAUUCAUGCCAAUCUUUCACAUUUAGGGCGACAUGAAAAUUACCCUGGUAUUGGGAAUGGAAUUGCCAAGUGCCCGUUUGAUCCAGAGGAUAAUGCAACAGCUGUAUGGGUCGAACAUGGAAAUCCAGGAGAUCUUCCAGGGUUGUACAGUGGUACUGUAGCUGAGUUCACCAAGGCUGACACUGUUAUAUUUCGCACAGAUCUUUAUGACAGUUCAACAGGAAGAAGAUUAUAUCCAUUCAGUCGAACAAUUAAGUAUGACUCCAAGUGGUUGGACAAGCCCCAGUUUGUUGGUUCUUAUGAUAUUGGAGACUUCGUCUAUUUCUUCUUUCGAGAGAGUGCUGUGGAGUAUAUCAAUUGUGGAAAGAGUAUUUAUACUCGUGUAGCUAGAGUUUGUAAGCGAGAUACAGGGGGAAAGAAUAUUCUUAACAAGAACUGGGCAUCUUUUGUGAAAGCACGCCUGAAUUGUUCAAUUCCUGGAGAGUUCCCAUUUUAUUUUAAUGAAAUCCAAAAUGUUUAUAAAAUCCCUGAUGAUGAUAGCAUGUUCUAUGCAGUAUUUACAACUUCUUCAAAUGGACUGACUGGAUCAGCAAUAUGCACGUUUAGUCUGGAUUCGAUUCAAGAAGUUUUCAAUGGAAAGUUCAAGGAACAGGCCACUUCCUCUUCAGCUUGGCUACCUGUCAUUAGUGUGAAGGUUCCAGAACCUCGUCCUGGUCAGUGUGUUAACAACACCCAGACUCUUCCUGACUCGGUGCUUAACUUUAUUCGUGGACAUCCACUGAUGGAUUCUGCUGUUGCCCAGGAAAAUGGAAAACCUGUAUUUUACAAAAGAGAUGUUAUCCUGACCAGUUUGGUUGUUGAUAAAUUAGAAGUUGAUGGGGUUUCUUAUACUGUUUAUUAUGCAGGCAGUGUGGAUGGACAGGUGUUUAAGUUGGUUGAGUGGUAUGAUGGAACAGGAGAAGCACACUCUAACCUCGUAGAUGUGUUUGAAGCCAACACCCCUGAAGCUGUGCGCAAUAUGGAAAUCUCAAGCAAACACAAAUCAUUGUAUGUAGCUUCAAAGUCAGUGAUUCGGCAGUUUGAUUUGGUGAUGUGUAAAAGCCGUUAUGAAACAUGUCUACGAUGUACGCAGGACCCCUAUUGUGGGUGGAACAAAGAGCGUGGGGAAUGUCGACCAUACAAUAGAGGAUACUUGCAAGAUGUGACCAAGGCCAUACCUAAUGUCUGUGAAGACUGUGAAAAGAAAAAAAUACUUAAUGUUUACUGGGGUCAGAGUGUACAUCUUGCAUGUGCCGUGCAUGUGGAAGAAAUGAAGACGUUAGAUUUUGGUUCCAUUGAGUGGGUGCUCUACAGUCGAGACAAAGGCAAGGUCUUGUUGAACCAGCAGCAGGAUAAAUACAUCAUCACAUCUGACAAAGGGUUGGUAAUCAUGUCUGUAACUCAUCGGGAUAAUGGACGUUAUGAAUGUAAAUUUGGACCCCACACUCUUUGUAGCUACAAUGUUACAGUAGAUUCAAAAACUUGCACUCCUCCUACUGAGCUGGACUAUAAGCAGAUCUACUCUAACUGGUGUCGAGAAUUUGAAAAGUACAAGUUGGCUAUGAAUACCUGGCAGCACAAGCAAAAUAAGUGUCAAGCUCAUCCAAAUGAUGUGAUCUACAGUAGAUCUCCCUCGGUCUGAAACUAGCAUAUUGACUUUAAGAUACAUCCUAGCCAGACUUGUGUGGAUUACCCACUAAUUUGCACCUAAAGUUUUGAUACUGUGUAUUUUCUAACCAUAUUAUGCAUGGUUAUAGUGUGUGUUGGACCAGUGAUAAGUUUUGACAUCUUGUGAUCUUUGAAUCUUAGAGAAAAUGUUUAUUGUAUGCAUAUGUGUCUGUACAUA